CUCAAAGCAUUUAUUCUCACAUUACACAAAAUAAAGUUCUUUUAGUGCCUGCCACUUUUUUUUUGUAUAUCAACAACAUUUUUUUCGUAGCAGUUUAGUUAAGUGGCAGCAUUUAGAAUCAGUUUGAAUCGUUACAUUGAGGUAUAACGACGAGCACAUCAUAGUGAAAUAAUAUUGAAGCAAAAAAAAUAUAAAAUGAAGUCCUUAGUCAUCGCUUUUGUAAUUUGUCUCUCCACAACUAUCGUUCAUGGUGAAGAUGUGAAGCCUGCAAAAGCAAUUGGAGUACUUGGAUUUUCCGACAAAGUCCAUGGAACCAUUACAUUCUCUCAACCAUCAUGUACGGAAGCUGUUCUCGUUCAAGUAGAACUUAAUGGACUUUCACCAGGCAAACACGGUUUCCAUAUCCAUGAAAAAGGUGACUUAUCAGGUGGAUGCGCGAGCACUGGAAGUCAUUAUAAUCCAGAUCGUUUGAAGCAUGGUGCACGUGAAGCACAAAUUCGUCACGUAGGUGAUUUAGGAAAUGUGAUUGCUGAUGAGAAUGGACGCGUCUCGACAUCAUUCUCUGAUAAUCUCAUAACACUUUAUGGUGCUCGUAGUAUUAUUGGUCGUGCUGUUGUCGUUCAUAAUGAUGAAGACGACCUUGGACUCACUGACCAUCCAGAUUCACACAAAACUGGCAAUGCUGGUGGACGUGUUGCAUGUGGAAUCGUUGGAAUCUUCGAGCCGUCAGACGGAGAAUGGCCAUGCACAAGUGGAUCAUCAUCAGCACAAAAGGGAUUAUUAUCAAUUGUGUCUAUUCUUGUUGUCGCCAUAAUUAGCCAUAAUUUUUGAAAAUCAUUUUUUGAUAUUCUUCAUGUAAAUAUGGAUAGAAAAUUUUUUUAAAAUGAUGGAUGAUUCUUGCGACUUGUGUCAUAUUGUUGAGAAUUUUUUAAUGAUACUCUAAUUUGUCUAAUAAAUAAUUUAUUUAUUUUUCAUUUUGUUACUGAA